AUGGUCAACGUUACGAAGUCCAACUUUAUAGAGCAAAGCAAUGAUCUGAUUCAGCGAUUGCCGAGUGCGGCAUUUGUGUCGAUUGACGAAGAAAUGACGGGAAUAUCCAUCCCCAACACUCCUAGGCCUCCCAAAGAUCAAACGCCGAACGAACGAUACCAAACGUUAAAGGCUGUCCCAGAAAAGUUCCAAAUCAUCCAGUUGGGUGUUUGUCUGUUCCACGAACACCCCGACUAUCAUGGAUCCGGCUCCAUUCCUGAAUUUGUCUGUCGCCGCUACAACUUUUUCAUGUUUCCACCAGCCGACAAUCACAUUACCCGCGAAGUCGUUCUCAAUGCUUCUUCCAUUGCCUUUUUGGCGCAGCACAAUAUGGAUUUUGACAUGUGGACCAGGCAAGGGACUCCCUUUGUCACGGGAAACGUGGCCGAAGACUUGAUUGCGCAAUAUCAUCAAAAGCAGCAGUCCAUACAGGAAAAGAAGAAACAAAACGUCAGCAAUGCCUUACGACCCGGACGACGUCGUGUCGAGCUACGCCGUACCGAAGACAUUGAUUUCCAUGCUCGUGCCAUGGCAUCUCUCCGCGAAUGGCUUGAUGGAGCCCAACCACCACCUCCCAAUGAACAACAAGAGGAGGGACUUUCCUUUUUGUUGCCACCGGCCAAUUCGUUUUUACGCCGUGCCUUGUACGAGAGUAUUGCCGUGGAAUAUCCCGCGUUGAUUCUGGAAAGUGCCGGUCCCACACAUCCCAAUCAAAUACGCGUCCUCAGACUCAACGAACAGGAACAACAGGCACGAGAAGAACGGCUUUUGCGAGAAAGUUGGCAAGAUUUGAUUGUUAACAAAAUUGGAGUUUGGAGGGUAUUCAUGGCACUCAGUCUGGCGUGUCAUGGACUGGAAAUACCUUGUAAUUCCAUUACAUUUGCCGGGCAAGUCGGGGAUAUUGAUUGGGGGCGGAGCUUUGAAACUUUGGGACACUUGAAAUCUACAGGACGACAGAUUCCUAUGGUGGUACACAAUGGGUACAUGGAUUUGAUGUUUCUCUUGACGCAUUUCCACUCGCACAAGCUGCCCGCCAACUUUGUGGGAGCGAAACGAUUGAUUCAUUCCUACUUUCCAGUGGUUUAUGAUACCAAAUUCAUGGCCACAGAAUGUGGUCGAGCGGCCCUCUGGAACGAUUCCACCAACACUGCGCUGGAACCUCUCUUUGUCAAAUUUGUCAGCGGGAAUGAAGAUAUGAAUGGGUUGGUGGUUCUGGAUGAUUCAGACGAGACCGGCAAUGAUCAAUCCCACGAUGCGUCCUACGAUGCCUACAUGACGGGUUGUGUAUUUGCCUUUUUUUGUCGUUUCAUUACCCUGCACGAACACUUUGAUUGCGACACGAGCAAUUCACCAGCAAUUCACCGCAAAGUGGGAUCGUUCAGCCAUCUGUUGUGCGAUGCUAGUGAUGAACUUGUGCGAAAGUUGUUUGGUCCCAACAAGCUUUACUUGAUGCAAUCGAUCUAUGCCGUGGACUUGGAAACGGCAGAGGACCCGCAUUGUCGCGGAAUGAUAUCAGAAUCCAUCUUUCGCAUCUCCAACUUUGACCCCUCAGUGACUACACGAACAAUCAUCUCUUGCUUGUCCAAUGUGAUUGAUACGAGGGGUGAACGGGUGAACUUUGAAUUGUACUGGUGCAACGAUACCACGUUUCUGGUGGCUGCCAGCAGUAAGGUGGCUCCUCGGGUUGCCACGGCCCAGACUGACAUUCUCAAGGAGCACGGGCGGUUUAUUUACCAGGGGUUGCGGCUGCGCUUUCCUACAGCUGACAUUGUGUCAUGGGCAGAACUUCGCAAACAGGAAGAAAAGGAGGAGGAAAUCACGUGGUCGUCGCGGGUUUUGAGUGUUUUGCGAUACGCCUUCGGAUGGGGGGACAAGGAAGCUGGUAGAAAGCGAGGCAAUGACGCAAUCGAUGCUGCUGAGGAUGAAGACGUAGAACCCCAGCCGAAGCGACGGCGUGUAUGCUAG